CUUCGCCGCUCAAGGACUGCGUCUCAGACACCGCACUCUCGCAAACACACACGCACACACGCACACACACACUCUCACACACACCCACAUACACACUUGGGCAUCGCGCCAGUCCUGCUCGUACCAUUUUUCGCGGCUGUCCUUUCGCGCAAGCUACACCACUGACACUGCCACUCGCUACAGUCCCUGAACGAAAACACCAACUCGCAAAAAUGGGUUACGAAGACUCCGUCUACCUCGCGAAGCUUGCUGAGCAGGCUGAGCGCUAUGAGGAAAUGGUCGAGAACAUGAAGGCUGUUGCCUCCGCCGACCAGGAACUGUCCGUUGAGGAGCGAAAUUUGCUUUCCGUCGCCUACAAGAACGUCAUCGGCGCUCGUCGUGCUUCCUGGCGCAUCGUGACCAGCAUCGAGCAGAAGGAGGAGUCUAAGGGCAACGAGCAGCAGGUGACCCUGAUCAAGGAGUACCGCCAGAAGAUCGAGGCCGAAUUGGCGAAGAUCUGCGAAGACAUUCUCGAGGUUUUGGACAAGCACCUCAUUCCUUCUGCCCAGAGUGGCGAGUCGAAGGUCUUCUAUCACAAGAUGAAGGGAGACUACCACCGCUACCUGGCUGAGUUCGCCAUGGGUGACAAGCGCAAGACUUCCGCGGACAAGUCGCUCGAGGCGUACCAGGCUGCCACCGAGGUUGCUAGCACUGAUCUCGCGCCAACUCACCCCAUCCGCCUUGGCCUCGCCCUCAACUUUUCCGUUUUCUACUACGAGAUCCUCAACUCCCCCGACAAGGCUUGCCAAAUGGCCAAGACCUCAUUCGAUGAGGCUAUUGCUGAGCUCGACACCCUAUCUGAGGAGAGCUACAAGGACUCCACGCUUAUCAUGCAACUGCUCCGUGACAACUUGACUCUCUGGACUUCUUCCGAGGCCGAGCCUGCUCAGGAUGCACCAGCUGCUGAGGGCGAGUCCAAGGACACCAGCGAUGCGCCAGCGGCCGAAGAUGCCAAGCCCGCUGCAUAGAUUAUGAGUGACGUUUCCUUAACAUACAUCGACGGUCCUUCGUUGAUAGCGGGUGUGGCAACGUGUGUUGCUGGAGCAGGAGGAACAUACUCUUUUUCUUGGAACGUAGAGGUUGGAGGCAGAGAGAAGGAAUUUCCUGCAUGAUCAUGCUACCCCCUACAACGCGACCCCUGCAUGCCUUUUGAAGACCUCAAUACCGCAAAUUCCGCAACACCAAAAACCUGAAAGUGAACUUUUACUCCUCUGCUCACUUCCAGUAUCUUUCGUUCAAAGCUGUGGUCAGCUUGUGCUCCUUUCGCGACAGCCAUACAUUUUACAUGCGAACAUGUCCGAUGCAGUCACCACAUAUCGGCAAGGGCCGCCCAUAUGGGCAGCAUAUGUAGUCGUCAUCCCUGAGGUCAACGUGCAGACGCAGCUGUUUCCAUAAUGUACCUACAUGUACCUAUCAAUAG